ACUUUUGAAAGUAUCGAUACCUACUCGGUAUCAAAAGUACCGUUCAAACCCUACCGGUGACAUGUGUCACAAAGAGUAGUAUUAUAUUAUAUUAUAUUAGUAGUAUUAUAUAUGUGUCAAAUCAGAUCUCGUACUUGUUCUGUUCUCUUUGUUUGUUAGGAAAAUAUUAAAUAUAACAGAAUAAAAAAAUGUAUUUUAAACAAAGAGAUUAGUACAAAUAUUCUUGGAACUUAUUUCUUUCUUGACAAACAGAAAAGUAUGGAACCAACGCCAGAAGCCUUACAAAGAAAACUAUAUUUUCUUUUAGAGCAGCUGCAAGAAAUGGCUAGAGAAUUGCCGCCGUAUGAUAUUUUCAUUAUUAAAAAUCGUAGUAUAAUAUGAAUUUAUGUGUCAUUCUUAUUUGCAAGUAUAUUUUUCCAGAAAAUAUCAGAUGCGUGUGCCGAUUGAACUUUUAUCUGGUUUAGCAAACUGCCUUCUGAAUGAUACAGUAUUUGAAAUAGUGAAGGGCUUGAUGGAAAUUCAGCAUGUAACUGAAAAACAUUUAUUUCAACAAAGAUUGCAAGUUAUAAAUAAACAUACAUUGGAAAUUCAAAAUAUGGUUAAUACAACACCAGAUCCAGAGCAACAAGAAAUUCAGAAAGCUAUAUUAUUGACUAGGCAUAAAGAAGAAUUAAAACAAACUGAUAUGAAACUAGUUUUGCAACUGGAUCAAAAAGUAAUAAUAUCUCUUAUUAAAAAAAAUAGAUUAAAAUUAUGUUGGUAUAAUAUUUGAUAAUGAUAAUGAAAUAUUUCAUAUAUUCCAGGUAAGUGACCAACAGGUUACUUUAGAGAAAGCUGAAGUUCCAGGAUUUUAUGUUACAAAUAAGUCGAUAGAAGUGAAAGUGCAAAUGUAUUUAUUAGAUUUUAUAUUAAGAUUGAGCCAAAUGGAUAUUCCACAUGGGUAAUUUGAAUUAAGAGGAUGAAAAUUAUGAAUAAGACUCUUUAUUUUAUAUUUCUCAUAUUUCCUAUAUUAUCAUAUUGAUAUGUAUAUAUGAUAAUAAAAUAUGCAUAAGACACAAGUAUAAAGUAUAGUGCUAUUAUUCUGAUUGAUCUGUAUAUUGGAGUUUCACAAUUUACCUUUCUGUAAAGGUACAGUCAACAUCAACAAAUGUGUUGAAUUCCUCCACUUUAUUUUAAACCUUAAUUUUGAAGGUAGAGUUUAAAAUCAACUGGAAUGUUGUAGUAACCUUACUUGUAGUCGUGUGUACAUUAAUUUUAUAUUAAUGUAGCUAUGUAUUAUUAUUAUAUCCUGUUAUCAAUAUAUCUAUUUGUUUUUCAAUGCUAGCACUAACAUUAAUUAUGUGAAAUAGUUUUCAAGUGCAAAUGAAACUAUAUGUGUAGUACAAAUCAAGAUUUAUUUUUGGCUUCAUAUACCUCCCAGAAAUACUAAGAUGGACAAGAAAAUAAUAUCAAUAUAUUUGAAAUAAACAUAACAUCUUCAACACAAAAUAUGAUUUGAUUCAUUUAAAAUUCCACACGAACAUUAAACUGAUCACUCAAGAUAAUACCUUACAAGAUUCCUAUUUUUAUGUCAAAAAAAACCAUGAUCUUAAGAAAAUUUGAAUACAGUUUGUUGACACAUAGUAACACUACAAAAACACACAAAAUUAACUUUAUUGUCUCUAGCAAUAAAAUCCUAACCUGUAAUAUUUACCAUCAGAUUUCAUUACAGAUUCAAUAAAAGUUGCAAGUGUUUUAUAGAUUUAUGAACAUAAAUAAAAAAAUACUAUUUCUUCAUUCAGGACACCUAAGUCAUUCAGAUUUUUAUUGUUUUAAAAAUUAUAGAUCUAAUAAAAAUACAGAUAUUUUGUGAUGUUAACAAGUACAUAGAUUUAUAUUAUCAAAACUAUAUUUUUUGUCAAAAUGUGUGAAUUUUUAACUUUUAUAUGGUGUUUUUUCACAAUUAACAGUUGUCAAAGUUAUAUUCAAAUUCAAAUGAAUAUUCAUAAAAACUUAUUUGUAAACACAUAUAAAUUCAAUUAUUUGUGCUCUAUAUUUCGAUUUAAUAUUUUUAUAAUUGAGUUAUUCAAAAAUAUGCAUGAAAUACAAACCAACAACAAUUAACAAAAAUACAUAAUCUGCAUAAGGUUUGUGCACGAUUUACUUGCUUUGUGCAUUAUCAUUAAAAAAAUUACAAUAACUUAACCCCAUUUUUAAACUUUCGCGUUGCAUUAUAUUAGAUUGUAUAAGAUGGGUAUUAAGGCGAUAGAUGAAAAACCAAAUUACCGAAAUCUAUCGCGUUAAUACCCAUCUUAAACAAUCUAAUAUAAACCGAUAUUAUUAAAAAAUAAUACCCUUACUAAUAAGAAACAUAACCGUUGUGAAGUUACACAUAGCUCUAUUCAAGUCAUUCCAAUAUCACUUUUAGUUCAAGUGAAUAGGGCAAAACAUUAAAUAUUCAACGUUUAUACAUUGCUUAUUGGUAAGGCCAUAUGUAUAUGGUUAUUAUUUUCGCAAAGAUUUACAAUUAGCAAUAUAGAUUUAAAUUAAUCGCUAUUUUGUCUACCAUCAGAUUUUCACAAAGACGAGAAUGAUAAUCGGGAGUUAUAAAAAAAGUACAAAAUUACAUAAUACCACUCAGCAAAUAUGUUAUUUACAUAAUUUUUAGCUACAUUAACAUUCAGUCUCUAAAAUUUCUAAGAAUUGUCUUGGCUUGUCUUAUGUACGAACUACGUUACGUACGAUGUACAGUGAACACAGCACGACGGGCUACACAAAUUGCCACAUUUCUUCACUGAAUUUUGAACCUUAAUCUUUUGGGGGUAGAGUUUAAAAUCAAUUGGAGAAAUUCGACAUACUAUGAUAACCUGACGUGUAGCCGUGUACAUAUUCUGUUAAAAUAAAUGUUCAAAGAAAUUUUCACACAAAUGCAUUUGAAUUGUCUCUGUCUUUUGUCUUAUUUGGGCCUUACCAACUUACUGAGAAAUGUGUUUCCAAUGUUUUAUUGAAGUAUAACGGUUUAAUUUACAGUUAUAGUAUCCCAUUCGUUAUCCAAUUUGUUUAGCGUACGAAUGACGAAGGAAUAUCAAUCGUAUAUUCAAUAUAUAAUAAUAUAAGGACCAUCACUUUAUUAGUAACCAUGGACUUCAUUAGUUCUUAUAAGUGUGAAAAUAAAGUAUGUUAUUGAAUGUACAUUUGAAGAGCUGAAUUUGUACACGUUUUUCACACAUGACAUUUUAUUUUCAAUUAGAAGCAAUACUAAAAUACCCUUGCAUCAUGAAGAAUACCCUUGAAUAAGAUAGUUAAAAAUGAGUAUUAAUAAUUUUCAACAUUCAAAAACGGCGUUAAUUACCUUAAAAAAAUUUACAACAAAUACUUUGUAUAUCUUGUGUAAUGCUACAAUGAUUUAGAUUUUAAUGACGCGUUUACGAAAAUCAUUCCAUAAAACAAGUUUCAUACAUGCUCAUUAUAUUUGCGGCCAAUGAGGAAGUAUUAAAAAAAAACAUUGAUAAAUCAAACUAGAUGUCGCUACGAUACAUUCUUGAUUUCUCCAUGACAACCCUCCCGGUUGUCUUCCAUGUUAAAAAGUAAAUAAGUUUUCAAAACUCAAUAAACAACUCAUAUUCUAUUUGUACUUUUUCGCAUUUGUAUUGAUUUUCAAAUUUCAGUUUUUUAAUAUGUUAGUUAAAAGGAACGGAAAUGAUCGUCUUUGAUCCAUUCGUUUCCUGCAAAAAUCAACUUUUGCUAGAGUCGCCAUCUAGUGGAGGUGCUUUUUUAGUGCUUGUUUUUUUUUUAAUACUUCUUCAUUGGUUAAAAUAACCAUAAAUAAGACAGUUACCGGUUCAUUAGAAUGCGCCAUUUAAUUAAUUGCACGGCUGAACAUCGAUCAGCUUAGUAGCUCUACUAACUGGUUAUAUCCAAAACAUAUUAAUUACAUAAUAAAAACAUUAUUCACAUUCACGAUCUGCAUUUCUGUUCACGAAACUCUAUUUUCACAAUAAAAACACCUUAACGUGAUGAAAAAUAUAGACAUAAAGCGUCUCUUGACGCCAUUUUGUAUACAAAACAAAUUUGCGCAGCGAUGGCAGACAAAUAUACUAUAAAAAAUUCAAAGCGGUUUAUAAAUCGGUUCGUAAAUCGAAUGUUUUCAAUAUCGAUGAUUUAACUAUGAAACUAGUCAU